UAUUGUGCAGUGUUGUCUUGCACUUGCAGUCUUCGUAUAGGCUACGCAUUCUCGAGCUUCAUCUUUUUUGAAACUUUCUGCCAUUAUUCACGGAAUAUAGUUGCUCAAUGGCAUCUCUGAUAAGCGUUACAGGCGAAAGUUUGCACGAAGAAGAAAUUGAUGACGCUGUCCCUGGAGCAACACCUUUCUUCAAAGUUGAUUUUGAUGAAAUCGAAGAUGGAGAAAUUGUACCAAUGGACAAACUUCCUAGCAAUCCCCAAGAAUAUUUAAGAGGGGUUAUGCAACAAGCCAGGAAUACACCAAAUGUUGUGGUUGCAAAAAUAGAUCCAAGUAAAAUUAAACCAAAACUGAAGCCAGCGAUACCUUCAAAAUAUCUAAGUGAACAAGUAACUGAAGUAAGAUCUGAUUUGAUCCCAAGUAAAGAAUGGCAGGAACAACAAUUAGUAGAUUUCGCAACAACAAGGGAAGAAUAUAUCAGACAUCUUGCCAAAUUAAAAUCUAUCAGUCGUCAAACAAAAAAGAGGCCAAAACUGCCAAUUUAUCCAUUGCCUCCUUGGGAAGAUGAGGAAAGCUGGAAAUUUCUGUGUUUUGGAAGAAAUCUAAAACGAAAGAAACAGGAAACUGAUGAAGACAAUAAUGAGAACACAAUAUCUCAAGGUGCUCAUGCAAAAGAGUCAGAUGAAGAUGACAAUCUACAGAAUGCCUUAAUUGCUGGAGGACGAACAACUGCUGAUAUACUUGCUGAUCAAAUUAAUAGCGAAGAAGAUAGGACAGUUGAUUUAUCCACUCUUGAGGAAGGAUUCCCACCAAUGAUGAGAAUACUUCUACGAAUGGAUUCUAAUCAAGUUGAAGCAAAUCUGGAGUACCAUACACGAUGGAUGGAGGAAGAUGGUUUCAGCCAUGAACAGGGAAGGUGGAUGUAUGCUUUAUUAUCUUGCCUUGAAAAACCUCUGUUUCCAACAGUCAUCUCUGUUUUGAGAGAACUGAGCAGAAAAUGUAAGGAAUUAAGAUCCAGAUUGGAUCCACAAGAUAAAACAAGUUUGAAUGGUUUGAACCUAAUUAUUUGUAUCGUUGGGCGAUAUUUUGAUCAAACAGACUUAGCUGAUCCAUGGUGAAAUUAAUCUUGCAACUAUUCAAAAGAAGAUUGAAUAAGAAGGAUGCCAAGUGUAAAUUGAGUAAGAAUUUCGGGAAAUGAGACUUGUGGUGGAGAAUGAUAUUUCAUGCAACUCAUUUCAAUAUAACUAGCUCGCUUGUUUUUCAUUAAUUGAAAGUGGUAGAUGUUUUUUUUUUUUAAAGUGUGAUCAGAGAAGAGCUAAACGAUGUGAAGAUUUUCAUACUCUGGUAAAGGGGAAGUCCUAUUGAACACCUUUUCUAUAUGGUGGACAUGUAAUGUAAUCACGAUGUGGCCAUCGUGCUAAGCGUUUACGAUCGCCACCGCACUUCUGAUUACCCUACGUGAGUUCGCAGGUCCGAAUACAGUGAGGGAUAAUUAUAUGCGAAAGGAUUGAUGGACUCCUCGUCGCCGUGGGCUGGUUCCAGUAUGGAAUUUAAUUUUUUUGUCAGUCGGUUCCAUCACAAAAUUCAUAUUUGUCUGUCACCCGGUUCCGUGACAAAAAGUCAUUGACAGUUACCAGUAAUGCUAACAGAUGCGCUGAUCUCAUAAAAUUCCGUGAGACGGUUCUAUAGAACCGGCUGAAUCCCACACCACUGGCUGGUUCACGUAGCCCCAGCCGGUAACGGCGAUGUCCAUGUGGUGGUAUGUCAUAUGAUUCGACCGUCUCAUCGGGAGAAAUAUGUAAAUCCUAUGUGUAAAACUGACUAACUCUUUGGAUAAAAUAAACUUGACUUGACCUAUCUCAAUGCGUCCUGCCGGGUAUGAAUAUACGGUAACUAGCCAUUUCAAAGUCGCAGGUGCGUUUUUGUUCAACACUUUGGUGGUGGUUGUUUUAAUCCCUCCCCGACCACGAAGAGAGAUUCUGUAAUUUUCUUCAUAAUCUCGACCCACACGAUUUUAAUACACGUGGUGCAAUUAGUGGCACGACUACCAUUGUGCACUCAAAUUCAUAGUCCGAAAGAUCAACUUUACAAAGAUGUUCUACUUCAAAAUCUUGUGCAGCGUAUCCCAACGAGUGAACUUCGCGGACUCUCUCCCUUCUUGGCAAAACAUUUUACAAACAUCGCAUAACAAUUCACAGCUCACAUUUACCCUUUUUGCCUCAAAACGAGCAACAACAACGGGCAAUCAUACACAGCGUUCUGUUCGCAGGUCCCAACACGUUUGCUGUAGUAGUAGUAAAAUUGCUUAAGCGCUUCCCUUGUUCAAUCUGUUUGGCGGCGACUGCGGUAUAUCAUUACACAGUUUUUAUCGCGAAACUUUUUUGAGAUGCGUUUUCAUUAAACUAGGAACUCUCA